ACAAACAUGGCUUAUAUAUAAUGAGAACCAAUAUCAAGAUGAAUAGCAUUCAGGCGGAUGUGGAACAGUUGUUUUAUUCACGACACAGCCGUCGGAUUCAAUCACAAUCACUCUAUGACACUGUUCGAAAUGGAUAUAUAUUUUCGAAACUUUUCUGUCCCUAAAUUCAUUCAUUUCGCUCAAAUCAAGCAUUCAAAGCUACCUAACCUAGUUACCUGACCUACAUUCCAAUACCCUAAGCAAAUACGGAUACUUCUCAAUCCAAUCACUGUCGCUUAAGAAACCCUGAAGGUAUUUUACAUUCAGAGCAACAAUGAGUACCUUACAGAGGAUCAGAGAGUCCCGGCUGUACUGCCCGCAGCACAGGCUCCUAACUUGCAAGGUAUGUUUGCAUAGUGUAAAUAUUGGCAACCACGGAACCCUUCCGAUGGAUACAUCUGGGUUUCCCUGUGCCGAGUCGGCUCACAGUGUUGAUCCACGGUUCGAACUAGCCCAGAAAGUUGUCGCUGAUCUGGGGUAUGUAGACGGCUUGCAUCCAGAUGAACGGUAUAAGCAGGUGAAUCCUGAGGUGCCGAAGUUUAUCAACGACGGCCACCUUUAUUACGACUGCGAGGCGUGUGGCCUCACUUAUGCCGCGGGAGGCGGACCUGGGUCCUUCGGUGCCCAUCCUUCUCAUAUCUGCUCGGAUGGCGAGCGAUAUGUGAUUGCUGUUCUACGGCCAAAGAAGUUCCUUCGCGCCACGGAGAAAAUCGAGUGUCAGGCGCACUUCAAUUUUGGACAUGAGUCCAAAAUGAACAUCAGCUAUCAGUGUGUAGCAAAGUCCGACGAUGGAACGAUCGAUUGGAACCUGGACAAUGUUGAAAUAGCGGCUUUAACCCGACUACUUCACCACGUAGCAGAUGUAGUCGUCCCAUACAGGAGGAAAUUUGUAGACAACUACAUAUAUGCCAACAGCGCCUAUUUCGCUGGUCAGGCCCGACGAUUCCAGCUGCUAGUGGUUACGCCCCUGAAAGAGCCUUUGCUCCAUUUCUUGGGCAAAGUCAUCGGUAUGAAAUAUAGCACUAAGAGGAAAGCAUACAUCGAACGGGGUAAACUGGGAUUCGUGACGAAGAAGUAUCCCGCGACAGAGGAGCGACGAUAUCAAAUAUCGAGCUUCAUCCGGAUGAUUAAGCAUCUAGCUGCCGAGGGUAUCCAAGUCCACUGGUGGCCCGGACAAGCUGACUCGCUUAGAGCGGCAAGAAAGUACUUCUUGACAGAGCCUUAUGUGGUCGGAAUGGAUCACGCUCCCAACGUGCUUUCUUCGGAAGAAGUAGAGCCCAAUGAUGAGGUGGCAGAGGACGACCUGGUACCGGGCGAUUCAUUUUGGGGUUUGCCCGAUCACCACGAAUUCCAGGCCGUUCAAUACGCCAUGACUCCUGAUGACGACGGCCCUGAGCAGCAAGCAAUCCGGGAUAGUUUGGACGUCUCGGGUGAAGAAAAUAGCGAUUAAAGGGAUGGCUUCUGUUUCCCUUUAACAUAGCUCGACAUGCGGUAUCUAGGUAUCUCCAGCGUUUCUACGUAAACAUCCUGAAAGUAUGUAGGUAGCCAGGUAAUGGCCAUAAACAAAUGAAAAUAAAUAAUUGAAAUAGAUUUGAUUAUUCAAAUCCUCACCUCUAUGUAUAGUGUUUAAAGCCUUAUGAUGCCAAGUUGUACUCAGUUGACAAAUAACAGCUUUGAAGUUUCGUAGAAAAAGACUUGAAGUCCAUCCAAUUUAGUAAAGUUUCAAGAGAUUUAUCAAAGACCUUG